AUGGAGGAAAGAGAAAAAAAGUUAGAUGACAGGAAACCAUUCUCGUUCGACUUAUUAAAGAUCUUCGCAAUUAUGUUGGAUAAACCAAGAAAUGAGAAUGAUGGAGAUAAGAACAUUAUAUUUCCAUCGGAAUAUAUAAGACAAAUGUUGUUAACAACGGAAGAUAGAAUGGCUUAUCUGAUUAAACCAGGUAUCAAUGAAAAUCUUCGAUCUGUCAUUAAUUACCCAGAAAAUAAUCCUUUCAAACCAAUACCUGCUAUUAUUAUAUUUCAACAAUUUCUCCCUGGCAAAGUUUAUAACGCUUCCCUCACUAUUCGUAAUUCUAGUCAGGUCUCGAGAUGUCUAAAAGCAUGCCUCGAACAGGACCCUUUCUUUGAUAUCGAAUUUCGUGGAUCUUCUUACAACGUAACAGUAGCGCCAGGACUAGCCCAGAUUUAUAACAUCAAAUUUAUGCCGGAAGAGAAACGAGAUUAUAAAUACCAAGCGACAUUCUGUACCGACAACGAUGUUAUUUCUAUUCCAAUAAUUGGUAAUAACAACAUUAUUUCAGCAAUUGGUCCCAGACCGAUUCUGGACAUUCCUGAUAGCAUCGAAGUACCAGAAACAGCAGUAAAAAUUUCUUCGUCGAAAACUAUUUUGAUACGCAAUAUCGGAACAACUUCGGGCUUUUUCACUUUCUUCACUGAUAGUUCAUGUUUUCGUAUCGAACCGUCAAGUGGUUUAAUCGAUGAAGAAGAAUCGAUUCAAUUUACUAUUUAUUUCUUAUCCGAUAAUAUCGGAGAAUUUGAAGGAAAUCUUUUUAUCAAAAAUGAGACUGGUGAGAUUCUUCGAACAAAAUUACGAAGUUCAGCAGUGAAUUGUAUAAUUCGAAUAGAUAGAGGCAGUGUCAAAAUGGAGAAUACUUAUUUGGGCAUGUCCAGAAGUAAAAUCCUUACAAUUCACAAUAGAAGCGAUUAUAUCGUCAAAUAUAAAUGGAUGUAUUACAAAAGUAGCAAAGAAGAUAAUGCAAAAAAAGAAGAAUAUAAAAAAUUAUUCGAACUGAUAAACGAAAUGGAAAUUGUACGAUGUGUCAAUCUGGAAUAUUACAACAUCUGCAUGCCUAACAUUCACGAACUUGUCUGCCAAAGAAUUUACAGGGAUGAGAUAAUCUCAUUAAUGAAUGAAAAUUUCCAAUACAAUAACUUAUGUUUUCUGAUUACUCCUAUAGAGGGUGAAAUAUGGCCACAUUCAUCAUCAGACGUGACGAUAUUCUUUCAAGCUUUAGAAGUUGGCGAGAUUUGUAGCACAGCUUAUUUGGAAGUAUCCGGCCGAGAGGACAGGAUACCUUUGAACCUAUGUGGGAUAGGCAAAGGACCAGUUUUCUGUUUGAACGUCAUCACGAUCGAUGUAGAUAAAAUAUACAUGUAUUCCGCAUAUUAUUACGAGAUAGUUGCUACGAAUAAAGGAUAUAUAGAUGGCACACUGAUAUAUAAACCAAAACAGACUCAUUUCGGUGGGAUAAUUAAUAUCGAUCCUUCAUCACUUAUUAUCAAACCAGGAAACUACAAGUCGUUCAGUUUAUCAUUUUCUUCUGGCCGAAAGGGUGACUUUUUGGAACGUGUUGAUUUCAUUGUUAAGGAAAGUCUCGAAAUUAUUUCAUUACAUAUUAAAAUAACUGUACUGAAUGAUGGUUUAGAAGAACCUUUAACUUACGAAGACUUUGCUAGCUCAGAUAUCAAAUCGAGUUUUCCAUCUAACCCACGGGAAUUUAUAGUUCAACCUGAUGAAGGUGUAGUCCCUAAACGGAGUUUCUCGAAAAUUCGGAUAAUCUACAAUGCAAAUAUCAAUCGAAUUGAACAUUCUUUCCUUCGAGUCGACAUGUGGAACUCCCAAUCUGAUCCAUUGAUGUUACCAAUCUCAUUCUGUGGGAGUAUAGCUACGCUCUCGAUCAAACCACCAGAGAUAUCUAUACGAUUUUGUUUCAUAAACUACCCUUACACGAGAACUUUUGAUAUAAAAAACGACUCCGAUUUCGAUAGUUAUUUUUAUAUCAUGCCACAAUCGGUAUCUGACAACAAAACGUCAAUUUAUUAUUCCAUAUCAACCUACCAAGGUUUUAUCAAGGCACGUCAAUCGAGAACAAUCGAAAUGACUCUUAUUACGAAAUCCAUUGGUAAACAGAGUACCACGAUCAACAUGUUAACGAUUGGUCAAGAUUCACCGGUAACUGUUUGUAAAUUAUCCUGUACUGGUCAAGGACCUAUAAUAUCCUUCCAACCAACUAGAAUGGACUUUGGCGAUGUCCAAGUUCUCAAAGAAAAGAUUAUGAAAUUACAAGUUAUCAGUGAUACACCAAUUCCAGCCCAAUUUAAUAUGAAGAGUAAAAAAAAUUCACCGUGGUCCGUGGAUCAAACAAGUGGCGAAAUCCAAGAGUACGAAACGAUAGAGUUGAACGUGAAAAUUUAUUUGCACGAUCCUGGUAUAUAUGAGGAUAACAUUUUAUUGAUGGUACAUAACAAUAGAAUGAUUUCCAUCAAUCUUAAAGCGGUCGGAGUCGGUUGCAGUAUUAUUUGUCAGCCAAAUAUAUUUCCUACGUUCGACAUGGGAUUACUGCUCAGUCAUCAAAAGGUGAAUAUACCAAUCACCAUGAAAAAUCUUGGAAUGAAACAAUAUCAAUUGAUCUGGUCGAAUACACCAGAUUUACAUGUUCAAAAAGGACAAAUCGUAUCAUCGAUUACUUCUAAGUUUCAAAUGUAUCCACUCUUUAUCAAUUUGGAACCCAAUGACACAAAAAUCGUUCAUUGCAAAAUAUGUUGGAAUCAGAAUGAAACAAUACAGGAAGAUUGGUACCUAUUUGGACGUAUACAAGGUCAAACUAAACGAGAGCUAUUUGGUUUAAGUAGUUUUAAGGCCACGUUCGUAGAACCGCAUGUCGUAUUUAGCAAAAAGAAUUUAACAAUGCGCAUCGAUAUCUCUCCUUAUGGAAACGAAUAUCAUCAAAUAGAUGAGGUCAUGGUGACGAAUAAAUCAGGCGUGGAUUUGAACAUUCAGCUCACAAUCGAACAUCCAUUCUAUGUGAUAAACGAAAUAGAACAAUUUAAAAAGGAAAUGAAGAUUUUGUUGGCCGAUCAAGCUACUAUAAAAGUUUAUGUAAAAUUUGUACCGGAUAUGAAGACUGAUAAUCUUUAUUCGAAGAUUUAUCGAGGUGUACUAAUAUUCGAGUACAACGAAAAUCCCAUAAAGAAUAAAAUUAAAUGUAAAGGAUCAGUUAAUUAUCCAAAUCUUAUAUUGAGCUCGCACGAGGUAAAGAUGUAUUGCGAAAAAGGUUGCAGCGAAGAGUAUGUCUUAACAUUAACGAAUAAUGGAUCUAUGCCGGUGAUAUACAAAUUUGUCUGGCUCGAAGAAACAAUUAAUAUCAUACGUGAUAUUGAGGAGUCAACAAAAAUUCUAAAUACCGUUGAAGUAUUAAAAGAAUUAAAAUCCUGGCAAUAUAACAAUCGUUCAAGAAACCAGCAGGUCGAUGCUGAUGAUGCACCAUCAGAGUUCUUGAUAACACCUAUGAACACACCUACAUCGAACGAACUAGAAAUGCAAAGAACUUAUUACACGGAUUCCGAACUCGAGAAAAUCCAAAACAAAUCUUCAAAAUCUGAGGAGCCUGAUACUCUACAAGAGAUAAAGAAGUUGUUAAUGAGUAUAAUCGACAUGCCUACAACUGCUGAUUCUGAUAUCGACGUUCUAAAAGUGAUCGGCUACAAGCCUCGUUUCGUUGAACCCAUCAACGAGAUACUUGACAUAGUACAGAACGAAGGCAUAGUACUUCCCUAUACAUCGCAAAACGUACAUUUUGGCUUUCAUGGAUUCGAAGGUAUAGAAGUAGAUGUUAUAGCUGCUUGCGAGAUCGUUUGUGGACCAACCGAGAUGAUACAGGUAGACGCAAAGGCUGAUACUGUAAGAUAUUCAGUGGACAGAUGCGUUAUAGAUUUAGGUCAACAGCUUUUCUGUGAAACUUGCAAUACCUAUUUCAAUCUAAUCAACGAAUGUAACAUUCCCUUUACUUAUACAAUAUUGGAAAAUGAUGAUACCAUCGUACAAUCAUCAUCCGAUUUAAAUCGAUUAACGAUCGUACCACGGGAAGGUAAGGUCGAACCUAAAUCAUCAAUAAAUAUUUGUUUGAACUAUCGACCAAUCUAUCUUGGACCAUUCAACGUUGAAUUUCGAUUAAAGGUAGCACAUCUUGUACCACUCGUUAUGUCCGUGACGGGAGUGGGUAUUUAUCCACAAAUAUUCCUCGAUCUGCCUUUAAUGAUUGACACCGAUAAGUGUCCAUCGGAAUUAGGCUAUCAGGCACUUAGAUCGUUAUUUAUGGAAUUUAUCGCUGAUAGAGAUAUUGCAUAUUCCGAAGAAAAUAAUGAUAAUUUGAUCGAUAACGAAUGGACCAUGGUGUCAAUCGAUGAGACUCUUCCGAGUAUAAUAGACAUAAAUAUGGCAUUUGAAAGAAUUUUAACAAGUAAAUUCAUAAAAGAAAAUCUUUACGUUUUAUCGAAGCACAAUACACCCCCUCAAAGAUCAGCAAUCCCAGAAAUGUUCUCCAUGAAAUAUAUCAUUGACCUAGGAAACGUAAUUAUUGGCCUUACUACUCAUUACUCCACAAUGUUGAGUAAUUACGGUCCAAAGAUCGCAGAAGUCAGAAUGAAAAAUUCAGAAAAUAAAAAGUGUGCAUCGAUUAAUUCCGACAUUGUAAUAGAAUUUAAAAAGAAGGUUAAAUUACUAGUAGGUCAUUCUGUUUUCUUACAUAUCAUUUGUAGUCCCACCUUGGCAAAAUAUACCGAACGUUACACAACGUUGGAACAUAUUAUCCGUUUCGAGGUGAUCCAUGGUUGUAUCAUUCCGGUGAUUAUAAAAGGAGUCAUAACUUAUCCUUAUAUCACCGUCGACAAAAAACAAUUAGAUUUCGACAAAGUUAUGAUUGGCGAAUGUUCGAUGAUGUAUUUGACAAUGAAGAACGAGUAA